UAAAGAUACGCUAUAAUUAUACAAAUUCUAAAUGAUAAUAAUUAAUAUAGAAUAAUAAACAACUUGAUAAAAAUUUGAUAUUUUAAAAAUUAAUAGGGAAAAAUUUUUUUAUCAAAAUUAUCACGUGAUUUGUCAUAUGACAAGAUCUUGGUAUCGUCAAGGUGCGCGUGACAUUUGGUCCUCUUCUAUCACUGCUGGCUUCAGUUAACUCCACACCCGAAGACGUGACUUGGAGUUAUCACUGAUAACUCAAAAUUAGUCGAAUUAUUUUAAUACAUUUAAAAAUCAAUUAACAAAUUAAUAGCUGUUUAUUAGAUUUAGUUAUUUGUUCAAGUGAACAGCACAAAAAAAAAAAUGGGCAAAAUGACAUUGUUAUUGUGCCUAUUGAUAAAUUCAUUCCUGAUGUUGAUUUCAAUGAGCCAUGCUACUGAUUUAACACCAGCACUUAUUUGGGGCGGUGACUCUUUAUCAUCAAAUUCAUUUGAUGGUAAUCCACUUGUUCGUACUUCAACAUCAGAUUUUCAAAAAAUUGUUGAAAAUAAAAUUGGCUCAGCAUUAUCACCAGUUGUUGUUUUCAUCAAGGAAAAACUAUGUAACGAAGACAUUACACGAACUUCCAGCAAGGAUUUUAAAGAGUUGAAUACAAUUGAAAAUAUACAAUUCUAUUCAUCAGUUGAAUCAUCAUUAUCAGCAUUUGAAAAAUUAUCAUCAUACAAUCAGUCAAGUGAAGAAAAACCAUCUUCAAUAUCUGAUGGACAAUUGAUAUUUACAUAUGUACCUGAUCUUGAAACAGUUGUUGGUACUUACAAAAGUCUUAAAGAAUCAAAUCAAAAUUUAAUUGGAGCUUUAGUUGGUGAAUCAUGUAUCUACAGUAAAACUGAACGUAGAAAGAGAGCUGCUGGUGAUGAUAAACAAUCAAAUGCAUUUAUAUUUCCGGGAAAAUAUAAGAGCCGAGUAUUGUUGUACACAAGUCAGCCACUUGUAUUUAUGGAUCCUAAAUUAAAAACAACGAAAAUCAAUUUAACAAUGGAUAAUUUGGUAGAUGCACAAGAUAGUGGUGACGGUAGUCGUGCUUCACCGCUGAUUGUAAGCAUGAAAUUUAACACUGAAGGAAAUCCAAAUUUUAAAUUUGAAUUUAUCACUGAAUAUCCUGGAUAUUAUGCUUUAAAAAAAAUUGAAUAUUUUAAAAAUGGUAAUGCAAGUGGUACUGUAUUAAAACCAAACACUAUCAUUGAUGUACCAUCAAACUUCUCUUAUCAUUGUGGUCCAGGAGCUAAUUUUACAAAUAAAGAUGGAGUAUCAUUAUUUUUUAAUAAUGUACAAAUUGAACUUGAUGCUGUUAAUUCGAAAUUUAGUGAAGCUUAUGAUUGUGUUGGAUUUAUGUCAAUACCAAUAUUAUCAGGAAUAUUUGUAACACUUAUUAUGGCAUUGAUUAUGAUUUGGGGAAUUUCUAUCAUUAUGGAUAUUCGUACGAUGGAUAGAUUUGAUGAUCCAAAAGGAAAAACUAUUACUAUAUCUGCUUCUGAAUAAAAACAUCAUCAGCGUUGUCGUCGUCAUCAUCAUCAUCAUCAUCAUAGUAUGAACGUUUUGAAGAAAAAAAUAAUUAUGUAAAUAAACAGUAAAUCCAAUUAGCUUUACUUCAGUAUUUUAAUUCAAAAUGUUGUUUUAAAGUUAUAAGUUUCUUUUUUUUUUUCUCCUUAUUAAAAUAGCUUUUAUUUGUUGAUAUUUUCAUUGAUGAAAUCCAAAUUAGUAUCUGGCUUAUUAAAAUUAUCAAAGCUAAUCAAUUAAAAAAUAUAAUUCAGGGUGUUUAAUAAUCACAUUGCUAGAUUUAUAAUUAGAUAAAUAUAUUGUAGUUAUAAAUGUACAUCAAUUGAUGAAUAUAAGAACAAUAAUAAUAAUUAUAUUAAAUAAUAAUGUGUACAUGUGAAAAUAUUCAUAUUUCCAUUGUUAAUAAUUUUUUGGCAUUGGUAAAAAAAAAAAAAAAAUUGCCAUUUGGUUGUAAAAAAAAUAUAUAGUGUUCUUGAUUUAAAAAAAAAAAACAAAAAAACAUUAUAUAUUUAGAAUAGAAGAAUAAUUGAUUUUUAUGGUAUGCAACUAGGAAUAUCAGCACCAUGAAUAACAAUAAAUGCUAUUGAAAGUGGAGGAAUAUUUAUCAUUUGUGUUGGUUUUAUGAUAACUGGAUUAAAUGGUGGAAGACUACCAUCUGAAUUGAGCUUAAGUUUUUCUCCAUUUAGUUUUAUUUCUCUGUAGAAAAUUUACAUGAAUAUAAAUAGCUGUUUUAAUGAAUUAAUAGAAGGUCUUAAUUAACAGUUUUAAAUAUACCUUGAUGUUAAAUCAUCAGCAGUUAAUAUAUAUAAAAAUAUAUUUGUUUUUUUCUGAAUCCAAUUUCCUUGAAUAAAUAUAUUUUUUGAUUUAUGAUCUAGAUUCAUUCCAUAAACAGUUAAUGCUGGUAGACGAUUAACAAGUCCUAAUUUUGCUGUACAAUGUGCAUAAAAUCUUAGUGUACCAAAAUUAUUUGGUGUUUUUAAAUCAAG